AUGGAAGCUCAGACUGAAGUUGCACAAGCUCAGCUUGCUGCUAUGUGUGUUCAGACUGCUACCAUCAUGGCUGAAAACACCAGUAUUGAAAGGGGCUUGCAGGGGCAAGAUCGCGCACAAUCAACGGGAGAGGACCUGUGUGGAGUGUCGGACAUCAAGGUCCUCACUCUGUUCGAGAGUCGCACGUUGGAACUGAUAUGGAAUGUUCCACCGGUGACGGAAAAAGAGUUCGGUCAGAAGCAAUAUCGACCCUUGAAAACUGAUAACUGUGAUGUUGUCAGCAAAAGUAAGAACAUGGUGGACACGCUGCCUAAUUACUUUGUGCAAACAGAAAUUACAUAUUACCCUCCUCAAGUGCUGACCACUGUUGGCUCGGAUGUUACAGUGCGGUGUGUUUUUUAUAAUAAGACCCUGACCACUAACAAUGUCGCCUGGUGGUUAAACAUGAAUGAAAAAAUUCCAGAACAUCAAUAUACCUUAAUCAAUGAUCAUGAAAUCAGUGUUACUCUCCUCAACGUAACAUCAAAUGGACAAACCGACAUGCUACAGUGUUGCCUUCAAAACGAAGAAAGGAGUAUAUGUAACUUUCGCUAUGCUGAAAUAACCGUAAUUGAUAUGAAAAGUAACAUCUCAUGCGAGACUGAUGGUGCAAUGGAAACAAUGAUCUGUAGGUGGCUCCCAAGAGCAUGGAAAACAGAAACAGUUAGCAACUACCAGCUAAAGUAUUACAUGAAAGGGUCUUGGUGUGAGAGCCUGCAAGAUGAAAAUCAAAACGCUGAUAUUAAAGAAUGCCCAAUGCAGAUGAAUGAAUUUGAGUGUCAUAUAAAGCCCAUCAAUCUGACUUUUGGCCAUGUCAUGUGGUUAGAAUUCCACCACCAAGAAGCAACAUUUAAAUCUCCACCAACCUGUGUAAUUCCCAUGGAUGUAGUGAAACCUUGGGCACCAUCCAAAGUUGAUGUAGAAAUCACCCUAAAUGAAGGUUGUCUAAAUAUAAGCUGGGACAAGCCACAUCUACCGCCGUUCAAAUUUCUGUUUGAAAUUCAGUACUCAGAGGAUGGAAUGGAGAGUGACUGGAAGACUUUAUUCGCUGUCAAUAAAACAUCAGUCCUUACUGAAGUAGCAGAUCCUUGUAUUACGUACAUGGUUCGGGUACGUUGUUCAAGGUUUGAAGGACCUGGAUACCAGAGUGAAUGGAGCAGUUUAGUGAGCACAAAUCUUGCUGAUAUCCAGGUACCUACAACAGGACCUGAUUUUUGGAGAUUAAUUGACAGUGAUCCUUUGACAAAGGAGACACACGUCACACUAGUAUGGAAGCCUCUGACAAAAGGUGAAGCUUUAUGCAGUGUGAAGGGCUUUAAAUUGGAAUUCGAAUCAACGCAAAACAUUACCUGGCUGGAAUAUGUUGGAAACGUUACAAAUUACAGCUUUCUUCGCACUAAUGAAAUUAGAAGUGUCUCAGUGAUGGCUUUCAAUUCUAUUGGCUCUUCUAGAAGGAAUUAUAAACUAAUUUUGCCAAAGGACCAUAGCAAAGCAGUACACAUCCUUCGAUCACUUCAUGCCUCCAUGAUAAACAGCAGUUGUGUAAUUGUUUCUUGGAGCGUGUUUCCUCUGAAUUACCAACCGACAUCUUAUGUGAUAGAAUGGAAAAGCCUGCCAAAUAACGAUGGGGGAAAGCUGAAGUGGAUGAGAGCUGCUGCAAACCUCACAACAAUGUACAUUCAUGACUAUUUUUCUCCAUCUAUACAGUAUCAACUGACAGUAUAUCCAAUUUUUCCUGAAGGGGAAGGACAGCCAAGCAAUUUUUAUAUGAAGAUCAAGAGUAAAGGAGAGGUGGCGAGGGCCAACAAUGACAGAAUGCAGAACGUCAUUCUACCGCUUGUAUUUUUAUCAUCAGUUUUAUUGAUUGGAACCGUCCUAAUAUCUAAGCACAGAAUAAGAAAUCUUGUCUGGAAAGAGGUCCCUAAUCCUAACAAAUGCUCUUGGGCUCAAGGAAUUGACUUUAAAAAGUCUGGUACUUUUGCAAACUUUUUUGGGAAACACCAUGAAGGGAUGAUGCCUGUUGUCCCACUCCUUGUAGAACCAGAAAUAUUUGCUAUGGCCAUCGUAGAAGAGAUUACACAAUUUAAAGAAGACAAAGGUGUAAUUGCUGUGGAUCCUGUAGAUGAAAUAGCUUCAGAGCUACAUCCAGAUAUAUCUACUGUUGGCGCACUUUAUGAAAAUGAAGAUUCACAUGAUAAAAUAUUAGGUGAUGUGGAAACCACUUCUGCACAGAGCACAAGGCAAUCGAACAUUGAAUAUUCCAAGAUUGUGAUGGGUGUAAAAAUAGAUUCUGUCUGCAAAAAGCAAAAGUGCAUGAACAGCUAUUCAGAUGAAGGCAUGUAUUCAGGUAAUGAGACUGAUAAUUCAGGUAAUGAAGGUAACAAUCAAUGGGAACUUGAAAACCAGGCUCUCUUGCAGCUAACACAGACUGAUGAAACCAGGUCACAUUCUAUUAAUACUUCAGAGGGCUUCUCUGAAUCUCAGGACCAAGAAAACAAAGUCCUCCAUAAUGGAAAUGGCCAAGAACUGGAUUUUUGCUACUUGGGGCAGAUUUCAUUUGAGAACAAAACAAACUGUGACACCACAGGACACAAUGCUGAAGAGUUGCCAUUUCUGGAAAAUUGUUUGUCAGUGGAGUUUCAAGAUCCAUCUGAAACCUAUUCAAUAUCCUACCUUGAUUCAUUGCUGAAAUUCAGCCUUAAUGAAAGUCAUUCUCCUCAGAUGGCUCUCAGAUCAUAUAUGCCUCAAUUUCAUACAAAAACAUAUCAGUGUUCAAAAACAACCGACACAGAAGACCAAAUAACAUCUAACCAUCUUAAAGAUUUGCCUGCAAUUGACUGAAGUUUUUGUCUUUGUAAGAAUUAUAUUGUAUACCUUGUUUUGUGCACUCUCUUUAAAUCCAUUCCAAACCCAGUAUGUAUGUGUAGCUGAAGUACUGACCUUCCCAUGUGUGUUAAACACUUCAUACUUGCAUUCUUUUUAAUUUGUGAAACUAGAAAGAGUGGUUAGACACAAUUCAGCAAAUUCAUUAAAAGCCAGAGAAAAUUAAAUGACUCAGUAAAUAUUGGUGCGGUAAAGCCAAACUGCAAGACUUGCAGAAGGUAAGUUCCAUUGCUUCAAAAGCAUUAAUUAAAAAGCAAAGUGCUUAAAUCAGUCUUCAUUUCAACAUAGGAUACAGGAAGGAAAAAGUGCAUUAUCAGUGGUAACUUUGGACUUUAGAGGAAAGUUCAGAAGAGGAACGGUAAUAGAAGGAUCAAUAAAUUCAGAGAGAAGAAAGAUUGUGGUCGAGACGCUAUCAUAGUAUUUCUUCCCUUAGUUAUCUCAAUGGUUCGAACAACGUUAAAUCUAACCAAAAUUAAUGCAAUGAUAAACUUGCUGUUAUUCCAUCAGUGCAUUACAGCCCUUAGAAUUAUGUAUUUACAUUAUCAUACAGUAACAUAAAUCCUGAUUAUCUUCUUUGUCUUAACCAUGUGGUCCAAAUAUGGAGGCUCGCUG